AUGCAAUUCUUCGAUAUCUUUCGCCAGAACACCUCUCUCACCUCUCGACAGGAGCUUGACCUAUCCAUUUUCCAGGCCCUCCUCACCAAAGAAUCAGUAGAGGCUAGGUUUCAGCCUCAAUUACUUGUACAGGAGAUUGUUACCGCGGCUUGGUUUUUGUUACUCGCUCGAUAUGCACAGGCAGACUCACUGGAUAUACAAAGUCUCAGAAUCAAUCAGCUCGACCUACAAUCUACCUUCUCAAUAUAUUCACUUGGCACGCAUACUCGCCUCAAAAGUGUGGUAAACCAAGCUAGCACACUUUCAGAGGCCGAAGUGUGUGUAACGGAAAGCACUGUGCAUUCCUUUCCUCUGGCAGAGCGCUAUGCGGCCAAAUUCGAUGAUAUUUUUCGAACAGCCAUUGUUACAGCUCCUCAUGAUAUAUCAGCAAUUGAUUCAAAAUUAUUGGCACAUAUUUCUUCUUGUCAUAUUAUUGUCCGAUGCAAUCCCGACAAAAUUUCUCUUUGGGUUGAUCCUAGGCUGGUGGAUAUCAGCCUACCUCGCAGAUUGCUUUCUCAGUUGGAAUAUAUUGCGCAGCAACUGGUGCAACUAUCUUCUAGCCCACUACGAAUUGGUGAUCUGGAUUAUUUCAGCCCAGAAGAUCAGCUGGACGCAGAAAGAAACGAUCCAAAUCUCAAGCCAGCGAUUUCAAGUCUUCUACAUGAAGUGAUUGCCUCGUUCGCUAAGUCCAGACCAAAUGCACCUGCCAUCUGCGCCUGGGAUGGUGAUUUCACUUACCAGGAGCUUGAUGAGCUAUCUACAAAACUGGCCAGUAAGCUCAUUUACGCUGGGGUUCGCCCAGGGGCUCUGGUUCCUCUUCUGUUCGAAAAGUCCGCCUAUACACACGUGGCCCAGAUUGCAGUUCUCAAAGCUGGCGGCGCCUUUACAACUCUCCCAUACGAUAUGCCACUCGCUCGUGUCAACGCCAUUGUUACCCAGUUAGCCUCGCAGGGGUCUUCGGGAAUGCCAGCUGUUGGGCUUUGCUCUCCUUCUUUGAUCGCCACAUUGGAGCCAUUGGUGUCCCACAUAAUUCCUGUGGAUGAGACAUACAUCAACGAAAUCGUUGAGAGCUCAAUAGCAAAUCCGCCAGAUGUCAAGACAGAAGAUCCAGCCUAUGUCAUCUUUACUUCGGGGACUACUGGAGUUCCAAAGGGAGUGAUUGUGGAACAUCGCAAUAUUUGUAGCUCUUGCCAUUACUUUGGCGGAGAUCAAAUGGCACUGGGUCUUCCAGGAGUUCGACAAUCUCAAUUUUUAUCAUAUGCAUUUGACGGCUCUAUCCAUGAGAUCUUUUACACAUUGGCUAAUGGAGGUUGUCUUUGUGUUUUGUCAGAAGACGAGCGUAUGAACGAUAUUUCUGGGGCCAUGACACGCAUGGGGGUCACACAUGCAAAGUUCACUCCAUCCAUUGUGGAUCAGUUAUCACCUGAAGAUUUCCCAACCGUCCAGAAACUGUUCCUCGGUGGAGAACCCUUGACUACUGCUUGCAUUGAUCGAUGGCAGCCAAGAGUUGAGGUCUGGAACAAUUAUGGCCCUGCCGAAUGCACCGUACAGUCCACUGUUAUCUGCUGCAGUGAUCCUAACUGGGCCACUGGGGUAAUUGGCCACGCAGGAGCCAGUCGAUGCUUUGUGGUAGACCCCACAAAUCCCCAACGUCGGGUUCCCAGAGGCUUUAUUGGAGAGAUUUUGGUUGAAGGGCCGAAUGUGAGCCGUGGUUACCUCAACAACCCAGCUCAGACAAGCCGUGCUUUUAUUGAAGGCCUCUCCUGGGCUUCAUCAGGACGCUUCUAUCAGACGGGUGACCUAGGAUAUGUGGAUUCCCAUGGGCUGUUGACUUGCAAGGGUCGAAGCGAUGACCAAGUCAAGAUUAAUGGACAGCGUAUAGAACUGGGUGAGGUUGAAACCCACCUCCAGUUGGUGCUACCUGGGAAUUCUCGUGGCGUGGUAGACGCGAUCAAGCCGUCCGGGAGGAACAAUAUUCUGAUCGCUCUUGUCCAAGUAGACGAGUCUUUAACCCAGUCCUUGGCCUUUGAGACAUUGAAAAGUCAGAUCAGAGAAGGUCUAGGACAGGCUCUUCCCCCGGCAUUUGUUCCCUCGCAAAUCGUGCAAGUGAAAGAAAUUCCACUCGGGGCCACUGGAAAGACAGACCGAAAGGCUCUGCGCAAUAUCGCAAACAAUAUGAUUUCUGGCCUUCUUCAGCAACAAAAAUCUGUGAAUUAUGCCAAAAAUGAAAACACUGGCCCGGCAGUCUCAGAGGAGAAGGAGAAGAGACUUCGGGAGAUGUGGGUGGAGACUCUACACCUGUCCACUGAGACAAUACACUCUCAGUCAGAUUUCUUCCACUUAGGUGGUAGCUCGCUGUUGGCCAUGCGCUUGGCUGCCCUCGCUCGCAAGCAGUGUUGGAAUCUGACUGUGAAGAAUAUCUUUGCUCAUCCUGUCCUAGGUGAAAUGGUGAAAUUUGUCUCCCCGCUUAGCUCCACAGAUCUCGGAUUAGCGGUCAAGUGCUCUUCAUUCAAGAUUCCCUCUCAGCUCAAGUCUGAGAUAGCGAUAGAUUGGAAGAUUGAUGGAAGCAUUGUCCAAGAUAUUUAUCCCGCUACUACAAUGCAGGAGACUUUCCUCGCUCUUGCUACAGCAAAUCAAGGCGCAUAUAUCAUGCAGUACACGUUCACUAUCCCUCAUGGAGUCGAUGUCCAACGAGUCCAAGAAUCUUGGAAGCGAGUCAUACAGGCACAUCCAAUUCUCCGGACUCGAUUUUACAAUACUGCAUCUGGGCUUUUCCAAGUAGUGUUAGUAGACGAGUUUCACUGGGAGGAACGAUGUGAACCAGACUCCACGGAGCUGCGCAAGCGGAUUAAGUCGAGCCUUCUGAUGCCCUGUCAGCCCUUGAGCCAGCUUCACCUGCUUACCGAUAAAGAGAUCGGUACGCAGACCUUGAUUUGGACUGUCAGCCAUGCCUUAACUGAUGGAUGGACAAGCUCUCGCCUGUUCAGCGAGAUCUAUUCAGUCUAUGCCCGCGGUAUUGCUGUGCCCCCUACGACUCCUUAUACCAGUUUUGUGCAGGCAUUCAUGGAGGCGCCAAAGGAUAUGGAUAUGUUUUGGAAGAGUCAGCUUGACCACGGCCCUGUGAUGGAAUACCCCAUCUUACCAUACGCUAAUUUCCGACCUGAGACGAAUUCACGGCAAGCAGGUCAGCUUUCUAUCGCUCACCGGUCCAGCACCUCUACAUACACCGUGCCCUUGAUGGUUAGAGCCGCCUGGGCAAUCACCAUUAGUGAGAUGACUCAAAGAGAAGAUGUCUUAUUCGGUGUCAACUUGAGUGGUCGUCACGAAUUUCCAGAUGUGGUCGGUCCAACAGUCACGACUGUUCCGCUGCGGACGACCGCGAGUGGGUCGCUUACGAUCGAGGAGUUUCUGAACCAGCUGCGAGAUCAGUCAGUACGCACGAUGCCAUUUGAGCAGACCGGUAUGCAACGCAUUGCCAACAUUGAUAACAGAAGUCUUCAGGCCUACUGCAAGUUCCAAAGCUCAUUGGUUGUUCAAUUGCCCCGGGAACAGGUUAUUGGUGAUAUUUCCUUGGACUGGAUGCAUCCUACACGCUUGGACACAGUCUCAGCACAUGGUUUAGUUGUCAACUGCCUUGUUGAGUCGUCUGAGAUAAAUGUUUGGAUGAACUACGACAAUCGUGUCUUGGGCACAGAGUCAAUGCAGAAUCUUAUGAGUCGCUUUCUGGCAAUUCUUUCACAGGUUCUAGCUAUGGAAGAAAACCAAACCAUCUCUCAGAUUCGCACUAAGAACCACGAUCUGCAUCUUUCUACCUCGCUUCAACCCCACACCAGAAUUAUCGAAUAUCUUGGACAAAACAUCGAUGCAAGCCGUGUUGAAAAACAAAUGGCGGCUGUUGUUGGCAUCCCUCGGCAUAGUUGCCGCCUUGAAAUGAUUCGACCCAAUGAAAGAUCAAACUAUCGAGUCCUCGCGGCAUUCAUUUUCAUGGAGAGACUCGAAAAAUUUAAAUACCAGACCGCAAAUUUACAGUUGCAACUGGGGCAACAUUUUCCGAAUUACAUGAUCCCCAGCCUCUAUGUUCCUAUCUCUGCACUUGAAAGCUUGAGUUUGGGUAGUGAUUAUCUAGAGAAAUCUGCUUGGAAUCAUAGUUCAAAGUCUGCUGCCGCUUUGCUAUCUACUCCUCUUCUCACUGGUCUCACGGCUGUGGAAGAAAGCUUGAUGAAGUGUUGGACAGAUGUCCUCGGUCGGACCGACAUCACAAUCAACGAUAGCUUUCUCUUCCUUGGCGGUGAUUCAAUCAAAGUUAUGCGGCUCGUCUCUGCAGCACGAGCUGCGAAUUUGCGGCUGUCUGUCGCCUUUGCCAUGCAGAAUCCUGUUUUCCGACAGAUGGUUGCGGGUGUAGAGGUUAUUGAGUCGCAGGCUCUUCAAGGAGUUCAGGCUUGGUCACUUGUGGGAGGCAAAGAAUCACUGAGUCAUAUCAGUGAUGAGAUUGAACAGCAAAUUGGUCAUUGCAUGGAAGAUUUGGACGACAUUUUCCCCGUGACAGGAUACCAGAAGUCGACAUUCUUGGACUCCUUACGUACUCCAGGGACUUGUGUGCUGCAAACUAGAUAUCAACUCGAUAACAACGUGCAGUUCCCGAGAAUGCGAAGCGCAUGGAGAGACGUUUGUAUGGAGUUCCCAUGUUUGCGGACAAGACUAGUACGUGCAGAUGGCUGGGGCAUUUUGCAGGCUGUGGUUUCGGAGGUUGAAGAGCUCCAAAUGAUGCAGUUUGAAACCAUCCAUCAUCUUCAGAGCCACAUGCCGAAGGUUUUGCUGAACAUGACAUGUUUCGGUGCUUCAUUAAACCGAGGAAUCUUUGCCGUUGUAGGAGAAGGAGAAGGCCAAGAGCGGUACCUGAUCUGGUCCAUUCACCACGCUGUCUUUGACGGGUGUACCUUGCAAAAAGUUCGUAAGGCUCUAGUGGAAAGAUAUCAAGGAGCGAUCUCUCAGAAGUCCUCCCCGCUCCAAGACUAUGUCGGCUUUCUCCAGAGCCAAGAUCCAGUCGCGUCAGAGCGAUAUUGGACCCGAUAUCUCAAGGGGGCAGAUGCAAUCGCGUUCCCACAUUACCCGACUCCAGAAUAUGUGGUCCGACCUCAUGAGACACAUCGGUUGGUACUGGGUCUUAAGCGAUCGGGUGACCUGUCGAUCACUAUGGCGACAGUAAUCCAUGCUGCAUGGGGAAUGGUUCUCGCCUCACUUACUGGCACGAGCGAUGCGACCUACCAGCAUCUCGUAAGUGGGCGCACCGCUGCUGUCGACAAUAUUGAUCGAUUCGCUGGGCCAACAAUUAAUUUGGUGCCUGUGCGCAUCAAGGUAGAAGAGCGAUUGUGCGCCACAGUUCGAGGAUUCUUGGCAGAGAUUCAAGCCCAAUCAACAGAAAGAAUAUCUUUUGAAGGUGUUGGAAUGGAUACAAUUAUUUCGAUGAGGCCUGAGAAAGUACGGCUCUUUGAUUUUCAUCAUAUGUUGGUCAUCCACAGCGAUUGCGGAGGAGAGCAAAAUUCGGAGGAUCCAGAUAGUCCAAUUCAUAAGACAGAAGAGUCCAUGAAUUUGGAUGGGUAUCUCGGGCUGAUUGUGCAAUGUACUAUCAGCCAUUUUGGAGUGACAGUGGAUCUGCGAUGGGAUGAAAGCCUUCUCCCACUGCCAGUGAUCAACACUCUCUGUGCGCGUAUGGGUUUCUUGUUGCGCGCACUGGUCGAGGGUGAUCAAUCGACCACCGUGGAGGACCUCCGUCGACAAUGCCAUGCAUUGUAA